GAAGAUAUCGGCGCACCGUGUUCUUGGCCUCCGGUAGCUUCCAAGGUUGCCUGGCGUGAUUAAGGCCCUGCGCUAGUGUUCCCCUUGCUAUCCCGCCAAGCCGCUGCCGCGAACAAUCUAUCUCUUGCCUCUAGUCUAUUCCACGUCUCGAAUCAUUCAGCCCAUCAAUUUUUUCGGUUCUCACGGAACGUCUCCAGAUUGCGGCUCUCAAGCGCCGGCGCCGAGCCGCUUCGGUGAUCCCCAUUUGGUCGCCCCAUCUUGAACGCAAACCUGGCCAGAGUCGUCCUAUCGAGUCAUGAUACCUUUGUGACCGAUAAAACCAUUGUGCAUCCAUGUCGAUUGGUAGUGACAUCGCUCCUUUCCUAGCCAUUAUGUUUGUGCCUCUGUUGUCAGCCUCGUUUCUCGCGUUCUUUCAGGCCGCAGCGGCAGCAACCUCUUUCGAGUCAAAGUGUCUUUCUUUUAGGCCCGAGAAAUACAUUGAUGGGGCGACGCGCAAUGUGCGUCAGUUCGUUACAGCCGGUACGACGCUGACGUUCCCGGACAACGACGCAACCUGCAACCGUGCCAGUCAGGCUGUAUCAUCCGAUAUGUGCCGAAUUGCGCUUUCCAUCAGGACGUCCCGAACAUCGAGCAUUGCGUUUGAAGCAUGGUUCCCGGAAAAUUGGUCAGGCCGCUUUCUGGCAACUGGGAACGGGGGGAUUGAUGGAUGCAUCAAGUACGAAGACCUUGCAUAUGGCGCACUCAAUGGCUUUGCCACCGUUGGAGCAAACAACGGUAAGAAUGGCACGUCGGGACUGGCAUUUUUGAACAACCCUGAGACCGUGAUUGAUUUCGCCUGGCGAUCUCUACACACCAGCGUAGAAACAGGCAAGAAGCUAUCAAAGAAGCUAUACCACGAGACUUACACAAAGUCAUACUACCUGGGUUGCUCUCUCGGGGGACGACAAGGUAUUAAGAGCGCGGAGAAGUUUCCCAAAGACUUCGAUGGCAUCGUCGCCGGCGCCCCGGGCGUUGACUUCAACGACCUAGUCUCUUGGCGCGCCAGAUUUUACACCAUCACAGGGCCAAAAACUGGUGCCGACUUCAUCCCCGCAACAGCAUGGAAGACCUGGAUCCACGACGAGGUACUGCAUCAGUGUGAUACUAUCGACAAGGUCAAGGAUGGCAUUAUCGAAGACCCUACCCUGUGCAAAUUCGACCCCUCGACUCUUCUCUGUAGUCGCAACAGCACUACCAACUGCCUGAACCAAAACCAGGUUCAGCAAGUCAAGACUAUCUUCAGCGACUACAUGUAUCCGAAUGGCCAGCUGAUUUUCCCCGCCAUGCAGCCAGGCAGCGAGAUCAACGCUGUGGACCGACUAUACGCUGGCACCCCAUUUGCCUACUCCGACGACUGGUUCAAAUAUGUCGUCUAUAACAACGCGCUGUGGAAUGCAUCUACGUUCGACUUCCUAAACGCACGCGCAGCAGAAUUGCUCAAUCCCGGUAACAUUCGUACCUACCCAUCCAAACUGCCCAAAUUCGAAAGCCGCGGAGGAAAGCUGCUCAUAUACCAUGGCCAGCAGGACCACCAGAUCACAGCGUUCAACACGAAUCGCUUCUACGAGAAUCUGCGGGGUCGUAGGAGCUACGCCUCUAUGGACGAGUGGGUCCGGUUCUUCAGGGUCUCCGGCAUGUUUCACUGUAGUUCUGGACCAGGCGCCUGGGUCCUUGGCCAGGGUGGAAAUGCUGCACAGAACGGCAUUAUGUUCGAUAGACAGCACAAUGUUCUCAAGGCCAUGGUGGAUUGGGUUGAGAAGGGCGAUGCGCCCGAAGAUAUUGAGGGCACUAAGUUCGUGAACGACACUGUUUCGCAAGGUGUGGAUUUCACACGCCGUCACUGCAAAUUCCCGGCACGCAACACUUACACUGGUGGCGAUUAUAAGAAGCCUUCAAGUUGGAAGUGCAAAUAGAGCAGGGCGGGAUAGACUUUACUUUACUGUAAGAGCGCUUGUUACAAUCAAGACCAAUCCGUCUGUCAGAUUAAUUGAUAUCAUCUUUACGAGAAAUGGUCGUAGUCAACCUUUCCUUAGCUCUAAAUGCUCCAUGAAAGACUCAGCCAUUACUCCCCGCUGCUGGAGCUUGAUCUC